AUUGUGAGGUCAGGCGGCGGCGCGUCCGGCCGGGCCGAGACCCGGGAGCGGCCGCCGCGGCCAGUAGCUGCCGCCGCCUCCGCCGGCCCCUUCACCGGCUGCCCGGGUCAGACCUAGCCGGGAAGGGCGAGGGGGGAUGCCGCUGGGGGCCCCGCUGCCGCGCCGCUCCCCGUGAAGGGCCGAUCUCCCACCUCGCCGCCCCCCGCGGCAGCCAAGACCGCCGCCGCCCAGACCUCUCGGGGUAAAGCGCUGCGAGGGCCGGGCUUGGACCCUCCCGGGGACUGAGUUCUGUGGCCUGCCCGCCAGAAUGCUUGUGAAAGGGAACACAGAAGUAUGGAUAUGGGAAACCAACACCCCUCCAUUAGUAGGCUUCAGGAGAUCCAGCGGGAAGUAAAAGGUAUAGAGCCACAAGUGGUUGGCUUUAGUGGCCUGUCAGAUGACAAGAACUACAAGAGGCUGGAGAGGAUUCUGACCAAACAACUUUUUGAAAUUGACUCUGUGGAUACGGAAGGGAAAGGAGAUAUCCAGCAAGCUAGGAAGAGGGCGGCACAGGAGACAGAGCGCCUCCUCAAAGAGCUGGAGCAGAAUGCCAACCACCCACACCGCAUCGAGGUCCAGAAUAUCUUCAAGGAAGCUCAGGCCCUCGUGAAAGAAAAGAUUGUGCCCUUUUACAGUGGUGGCAACUGUGUGACUGACGAGUUUGAGGAGGGCAUCCAGGACAUCAUCCUGAGGCUGACGCACGUGAAAACCGGAGGGAAGAUCUCCUUGCGGAAAGCAAGGUACCGCACACUGACCAAGAUCUGUGCGGUGCAGGAGAUUAUUGAGGACUGUAUGAAGAAGCAGCCGUCCCUGCCACUGUCUGAGGAUGUGCAUCCUUCCGUGGCCAAAAUCAACUCUGUCAUGUGUGAGGUGAACAAGGCCAGAGGGACGCUGAUUGCACUGCUGAUGGGCGUGGACAGUUCCGAGACUUGCAGGCACUUGUCAUGCGUGCUGUCAGGACUGAUUGCCGAUUUAGAUGCUCUAGAUGUGUGUGGGCGCACAGAGAUCAGAAAUUAUCGAAGGGAGGUGGUGGAAGAUAUCAACAAAUUACUGAAAUAUCUAGACUUAGAAGAGGAAGCUGACAGUACGCAUGCAUUUGACCUGGGACAGAACCAUUCCAUUAUAAAAAUUGAAAAUGUUCUAAAGAGGAUGAGAGAGAUAAAAAAUGAACUGCUCCGGGCGCAGAGCCCUCCUGAACUGUACCUGAGGGCCAAGACGGAGCUGCAGGGCUUGAUCGGGCAGCUGGAUGAGGUGAGUCUCGAGAAGAACCCCUGCAUCCGGGAAGCCAGGAGAAGGGCGGUGAUCGAGGUUCAGACCCUCAUCACGUACCUGGACCUGAAGGAAGCCCUGGAGAAGAGGAAGUUGUUCCCAUGUGAGGAGAACCCCCCACAUAAGGCCGUGUGGGAGAUCCUUGGAAACCUGUCUGAGAUCCUGGGCGAAGUCCUCUCAUUUGGUGGAAAUCGAACUGAUAAGAACUACAUUCGUCUGGAGGAGCUACUGACCAAACAGUUGCUGGCUCUGGAUGCCGUUGACCCACAGGGAGAAGAGAAGGGUAAGGCUGCCCGGAGGCAGGCUGUGAAGCUUGCCCAGAGUAUCCUCAGCUACCUGGACAUGAAGUCGGACGAGUGGGAGUACUGAUGGACCUUCGCACUUCAUCUCCUUUAGAGAGCUUUCAGCUCAUGGAGCCUAAAUGUAACUUCUAUGUGCAUAGUCAAUCUCAGUAUUUAUGAUUUAAUCAAAUUAUAUUCAGUAUUUCUGCUGCUUUUGAUGUUGCAAACGAAUAUCAUUAUAGCCCAUUACCUUUUCCAUCUGGCUCACUAUCCUUACAAAUGUGUGGUUUGUGUUUAUUUUGUGUGUUUUUAAUGGGAACACGAAAAGGGCAGCAUUCCUAAGUUUUAAAUGAGUUGUGCAAGCAUUAAAUGCAGAAUUUGAGAGUCUAGAAACAGAUUAGACUUUUCUAACUCUAGCCAAAUUAAGAGGAGGAGGAAAUUCCAGGGUUGAAUAAAGUCCAAGCAUAAAAAAAGAUGCUUUAUUAUGCUAAACAGUGCUGGGACUUUUUAAAGUUACAAGGCCUGAUGGGUCCUGCCCAGUUUUAAUGGAGUGGGGUUUUUGUUUGGAUGGUCUGUUUUAUCAUAAACAUUUUUGCUUG